AAAUUUGCAUAUGAAAAACAAUCUGAAAAGAAAUCUAUAUAAGCCAUUUGUAAUAAUGAUAGACAAGAGACUUCGAAAAGUUUUGAAUGUAAAAGAACUGAGAUGGAUUUCGUUUUAUUCAUAAUUACUAUUUCUGAGUUUAUAAAUAUUGUGAAAGGUGUGGGGUGUAAAUCUAGUUACUACCAUUGUACAGGAUAUAAUUGGUGCUGUCCCUAUGGAUACAGUUGUACUGGCACCUCUAUAUGUAAUAAGAAUCCUUAUUCAUCUUAUUCAUCAUCUUAUUCUUCCUCCAUCAGUUACUCGCGAAUUGGGUACAUUGUUGGAGGCUGCAUAGGAGGCCUUGUUAUACUAGCUUGUAUAAUAGUUGCUGUUUGUAAAUCCAGUUCUAAACCAGGAAGAGUGAUUGCACCUCCAGCUGGUCGAAGAACAACUUUAAUAGCAGCGACCACUGCACAGCCUACAAAUGGCAUGCAUCCAAUGUUUGGACAACAAUCCAGUGUUCCUAGUUCCCAAAAUAUUGCCAACCCGCCUCCUUCUUAUAACCAUAUGUAGACAAUACACAUUUGAUUGAUAAGCUUGUGUGACAUACAACAAUUGAUUUAAAGAAAAACUAUUUUAUGAAUAUAUAUAUAUAUAUAUAUGAUUUCAGCUUUACAAAUGUCAACUUUCCAUUCAUGAGUAACCACAUUGUGUUGUAUUCUUGUCUUUCAUUUGUGCUUAUAUGCUUUGACUAUAUGCCAUUUUGUUUUUCUUUGAUGACGUAUUUGUUGGUUUUUAUAGUGACUAAGAUUAUAACACAAUGUUGACUGUUGUACCUGUAUUUUUGACAAUUUUUCUAUUAUGUCUGUUUGUUUUGUUCACACAUUGUUGCCAAUAUAAUGGAGUUUUAUGCGACUGUCAUACAAGUGAGAAGUUUAGCUAGCUGUAAAGCCAGGUUUAAUCUACAAUUUUCUACAUAAGGAAAAGCCUGUACAAGUCAGGAAUAUUACAGUUGUUAUCUAUUCGUUUGAUGUGUUUGAGGUUUUGAUUUUGCCAUUUGAUAAGGGACUUUCCGAUUUGAAUUUUCCUUAAGGUUUGGUAUUUUUGUUAUUUUACUUUUCAUAUCAUGAUUUGAUAGACCAACACAGGAUUAUCAGUCUCAAAGAUGACCUCAUAAAUCUUCAAAUUGCUUAAUGCACAACCCGUUUCUUAUUCAUGAUUGUUUUCUCAAAAUGCUACCUGGUUUUUGCGUGUAAUUUACUACACAAAUUUCGAACCAUUCCGGUGUUUUAUCCGAUUUUUGUUUUACUUUGGCAAAUUUUAAAUUGCAUGUGUAGUGAUUGAUUCAUUAUUUUACGCCAAGUGGUGACUGUGGUUCAGUGUGUAAUUUUUACACCUACCUUGGUUUCUCAUUAGGUUUUUUUUUAACACAGGGCGUUACAAGAACUGAAGAGUAAAUUUAUGAUAAUGAAUAAAUAAUAUUUGAGGUUCUAAAUCUAUCAAUUUGUCAUAAUUAAUCGAAAAACGCUAAAAGAAUAUUAACAACUUAAAUGGCGACACUGUUAGUAAAAAGUUGUUUUUACUCGCAGAUGUUCAAUACCUCUACUAGUGGACUGUUAGUCCCUGAUCAAUUCAGUAGUCUGUGCUUCGGUACUACCAUGGUUUUUAACAAAUCUUUUUCAAAUUCUCCCUUGAUAAAUUAAGAAGUUAUUAAAAAAACUAUGAUUUAAACUCCGUUAGGCAGAUGAUGGUUUGGACGGCCAGAAGUAGUAAGUGUUAUUUUCAUUCUUUUAAUUUUCCACACUUCGAUCAGUCUUUUUUUAAGUAGUUUGAGGUAUUGUAUGUUUUAAUAAUGAUCUUACUUUUUAAGUUAAACGCCUGGUUUAUGGAAAAUAAUUAAAAAAAACGUUUAUAAUUGUAAAUGGCAUAAGUAUUGGACCGAAAAUGUCUUAUUCUUGAUGUACAGUGCAUGAAAUAAAUUGAUGUUCAUUUUUUGUGACAAUGAUUUUGAAAUAGGGAAUUAACGUUUAUUAACUGUAAUCAUUUAUGUGCCUAAUGUACAUGUGUCCUUAGCUUGGCUCGCGUCAUUAUCUUUUGGUUCUUGCUAUUUUGAUUCUGAAAUUUCAAAUAUUUGAUUUUAUUUUAGUGCAUUAAAUUAUAUUCAGUAUCAUGACA